AGGGUGAAGUGAAGAAGUGAAGCCUCCCAGCUGAACUACUAUGAGGUCAGAAGCCUUGCUGCUAUAUUUCACACUGCUACACUUUGCUGGGGCUGGUUUCCCAGAAGAUUCUGAGCCAAUCAGUAUUUCGCAUGGCAACUAUACAAGACAAUAUCCGGUGUUUGUGGGUCACAAACCCGGGCGGAACACCACGCAGAGGCACCGGCUGGACAUCCAGCUGGUCGUGGUCAUGAACAGGACCCUCUACGUUGCUGCUAGGGACCAUAUUUAUACCGUUGAUAUGGACACAUCACAUACAGAAGAAAUUUAUUUUAGCAAAAAAUUGACAUGGAAAUCUAGACAAGCUGAUGUAGACACAUGCAGAAUGAAGGGGAAACAUAAGGAUGAGUGUCAUAAUUUUAUUAAGGUUCUCCUAAAAAGAAAUGAGGAUACACUGUUUAUCUGUGGAACAAAUGCAUUCAACCCUUCUUGCAGGAACUACAAGAUGGAUACCCUGGAAGUUCUGGGAGAUGAAUUCAGUGGGAUGGCCAGGUGCCCCUAUGAUGCAAAGCAUGCCAACGUUGCGUUGUUUGCAGAGGGAAAGCUGUAUUCUGCCACAGUGACCGACUUCCUUGCAAUAGAUGCAGUCAUAUACCGGAGCCUUGGAGACAGCCCAACUCUGCGGACAGUUAAACAUGACUCAAAGUGGUUGAAAGAACCGUACUUUGUCCAGGCAGUGGACUAUGGCAAUUACAUUUACUUCUUCUUCCGAGAAAUAGCAGUGGAGUACAACAGCAUGGGAAAGGUAGUUUUCCCAAGGGUGGCUCAGGUUUGCAAAAAUGACAUGGGAGGAUCUCAGAGAGUGCUGGAAAAACAGUGGACUUCCUUUCUCAAGGCUCGUUUGAACUGCUCAGUUCCUGGCGAUUCACACUUCUACUUUAACAUACUCCAGGCAGUUACAGAUGUUAUCCAUUUCAAUGGUCGGGAUGUUGUUUUAGCAACCUUCUCCACUCCAUAUAAUAGCAUCCCUGGCUCUGCAGUCUGUGCCUAUGACAUGCUUGACAUUGCCAAUGUAUUUACUGGGAGAUUCAAAGAACAAAAGUCUCCAGACUCAACGUGGACACCAGUUCCUGACGAACGAGUGCCCAAGCCCAGGCCUGGUUGCUGUGCUGGCUCUACAUCGUUAGAAAAAUAUGUAACCUCUAACGAGUUCCCGGAUGAUACUCUGAACUUCAUCAAAACACAUCCUCUGAUGGAUGAGGCUGUACCUUCCAUUGUCAAUCGACCCUGGUUCCUGAGAACAAUGGUCAGAUACCGCCUCACCAAAAUUGCCGUGGACUCUGCUGCUGGGCCAUACCAGAACUACACCGUGGUUUUCUUGGGAUCAGAGAAGGGAAUCAUCUUGAAGUUCUUGGCACGGACAGGAAACAGUGGUUUCCUAAAUGACAGCCUUUUCCUGGAGGAGAUGAACAUUUACAAUCCUGAAAAGUGCAGCUACGAUGGCGUGGAGGACAAGCGGAUCGUGGGCAUGCAGCUUGACAAGCCCAGCAGCGCCCUCUAUGUCGCCUUCUCCACCUGUGUCAUCAAGGUUCCCCUGGGACGUUGCGAGCGUCAUGGCAAAUGCAAAAAGGCCUGCAUAGCAUCCAGAGACCCGUACUGCGGAUGGAUGAAGGAGAGCGGGGUGUGCACACAGCUGGUUCUUGGCUCCAAACUGGCAUUCGAACAGGACAUAGAACAUGGCAAUACAGAUGGACUGGGUGACUGCCAAAAUUCCUUCGUAGCCCUGAAUGACAUCUCAACUGCUUCACCUGAUCAUGAAAUGUCUUACGACACAGUGUAUGGACACUCCAGUUCCCUAGUCCCAAGCACCACCACUUCCGACUCUCGCGCUCGACAGGGUUAUGAUGCUAGGGGACGCAUGCUGAAUUGGAAGGAUCCGCUUGGUUCAUCUGAAAAUACAGAUCCAUAUGUGGCAGUUUCAUCCCAUAAUCAUCAAGACAAGAAGG